AUGACUUUUGAGUUUCAGCUGCAUGAACCGCCCUGCGACCUCGCGUUCCUUGCCGUUGUCAAUGGACCGGUCCUGUACAAUGCGGACGACGCCACAAGCGGGACAGUAAAGCGUGCAACGAUUCGUCAACUCGGCUGGCACGUGGUGCGGCUACCGGAGGAGUGGUUCUUCUCGGAGAAGUCACGCGCGAUGACGGAGAGGGUGUGUCACGCAAUGCAGUGCACCAUUCAAUACCUCGCCUACCGUCAGAGGGGUCUCGAGGCGGAGGUGGCGGAUGCGCGGGGAAGGGCGGAUGAAUUACGCGAGGAAAGAGAUGAGGUCUUUGAGGAACUCGUGGCGUUGCGGGAGGUGGCUGCACGGAUGCGGCGCCGCUGUGCACCGAACGGCCAGGAUGGGGUUGGCGCCGAGGCAGCCGCACCGCACCACCCCUUGCGCGUCGACAGUUCCGGACGCUCCUUCGCUUGCCCCUUGUGUGGAAAUGGCUACCCGUCCUCCUCGUCGCUGGAGUCGCACGUGAAGAAGCGCCACAACCGCGGAACACACUAUGCAGCAAUGACGGCAGCCGCGGCUGCGGUGCAGAACAAAAUAGUGAAGGAUAUGUCUUUGCCAAGCGACACAUUGAUACGAGAACUCGCGUGUUUAAGGGAAGAAGUGAUUACCCUUCGUGAGGCGAUGACGGUUGAGCAGGAGAAGAGACGGCUGGAAACGAAAUCCUCUUUUUUCUCACCUGUUAAUGUUCUCGCGGUACCGGCGCAGCAGCUUCCAGGCAAGCCACCCGGGGCCUCCCCUCCGUCAUCGAGGCACCAGGAGGAAAAACUAAUCGACGCACUGCAAGACGAAUUACGGGACAUGCGGUCUCGUGUGCAACACAUGGAGGGGAUGAUGUAUCACUCGACUAUGAAAUUGGGCGGCGGACGUGGGAGACGCUCAGGUGGGAUGGAGGAGGCUACGUCGGGGGAGGUGCGCCUAGCCUACGCCGACUCGUCUCCCCUGGGGCUGAAGCGUCCACCUUUGACUUCAUUUGCCUCCGCGAGCUCGGCCCACUCUUUCAACUGUUACCCCCCUCGUGUUCCCGCCACCCCUGACACGAUGCACGCCAAAGACUUCUCCAAGGAGCAAGCAGACGUUGUUCCACGCCAAACAGAAGCUUCGGAAUCCAAGAGUGCGCUAGCUGCGCCAGACUGUCGCAGUCCCACCUUUUUUACGGGAACUUCACCACAAUUGCCGCGGCUAAACCUCAAGCCUUCCUCUUCCCUGUCUAUGGUGGGGGAUGAUAAGACGUCAUCGGUUGCAGAACUCGAGCCGAAGCGCUCAGUAUCACCACAAGGGCAAGAGGAACGUGCAGUGCUGGGGGCGCAAGGCUCAGUGAUUACUAAGGCGGAGGAUACAGGCGAGUGUGCUGCAGUAAAAGACAAUGGGCCUUUAGAAGCAGCACCCUUUCUUCGUUCCGAUGGCUUGGAUCCUAGCAUUUUCAAUACUCCUAAUAUCGGUACCCUUAGUGGAAGUGGUUGCUGCUCGUCCCAGAAGAUGCCCAUGGACCAGACAGACUCUGCGAGCCAAGUGCGAGCAGAAGAAACAAACAGCGUAACGACGGAUGGACACAACGCAUCGGGGGGAGAAGAUAUCGAUGAGGUCACGGAGCAAAAGAAGCAAACGGAGUCCUUGUUUUCCUCUUCACGAGGUUCCUCGGGCAGCUCUGUGCUCAAUCCCGAUAGAUUAAUUGGCUUUCAAGAAGUUCCUAAUUGGACUCCACUCAACUCCUACGUCAGUUCCCCAGCAUCCACUGCGCAGCGGGAACCCCGAGAUGCAGGAGGGUCAGCACCGGGCUUUACUAUCAGCUCGUACGGCCCACGCAGCGGAAAGGACGUGAAGUCCGGCAUUGCAGUUACCGUUGGCGAGAAGCAGCGAAAGGAAGAAGAGAGUGUUGAGGAGAAGCGACCUGCCAUAGAUCGCAAAGAAGCACCAUUGAAGGCUGUUAGUUCUGAAAAGAGUAAAAAAGGGAAAUUGUCAUUCUUCUCCAAAAUCUUCAAGAAGCAUAAGAAGUGA